AAAAAACUCCUAAAAAAAAUCAUUACCAUUUUAUACCAUUUUCACACUUCUCUCUUUAUUAAACAAACGCCUUCUAAAUUUUCUCUUCACUGGUGACAAGAUUUCUGGUUUUAAAAUGCUCUCGGGAGAUCUCUGAUUUGACAAGAUAAAUUGCCGAUGGCGGCUGAGACACAAGCUUUGCUACUAAACCAGCACAAAGAAAAGCACUUCAGAGCUGGAGAAGUUGUUCGUGACAUCAUCAUUGGUGUAUCGGAUGGCCUCACCGUCCCCUUCGCUCUCGCUGCCGGGUUGUCCGGUGCCAAUGCCUCAUCCUCCAUCAUACUCACGGCGGGCAUCGCCGAGGUUUCCGCUGGCGCUAUCUCUAUGGGCCUUGGCGGGUAUUUAGCAGCUAAGAGCGAGGCAGGUCACUAUGCAAGAGAAAUGAAAAGAGAACAAGAAGAGAUUAUAGCAGUACCUGACACAGAGGCGGCUGAAGUAGCAGAGAUACUGUCACAAUAUGGGAUAGAGGUACAUGAGUACACUCCUGUGGUGAAUGCUCUUAGGAGGAAUCCCCAGGCUUGGCUUGAUUUCAUGAUGAAGUUUGAGCUUGGCUUAGAGAAGCCAGACCCAAAAAGAGCAUUGCAGAGUGCGUUUACAAUUGCCAUUGCCUACAUCAUUGGUGGCAUAGUCCCUCUUUCUCCUUACAUUUUCAUCCCAAUGGCAAGAAAGGCUGUCAUAGCAUCCGUUAUCAUAACGGUAAUCGCGCUCUUUUUGUUUGGUUAUGCAAAGGGGUACUUCAUAGGCAACCAACCAUUCAGGAGUGCUCUUCAGACUGCUUUUAUAGGAGCUCUAGCUUCGGCAGCAGCAUUUGGCAUGGCUAAGGUUGUCCAUGGAUAGAGCUUGUUAUUCUCUUAAAAUCUCUACGAUAAAAUAGUAGCAAUUUUAUUCUUCACUAUAAAGAGAUUAGUUUCUUUUAAUCUCUAUUGAUAACAUAAAAAAGUGUUAAUUUUGCUGUUUGUGCUAGAAACAACAUCCCGCAUUAGUCUCAAAAGAUAUUGAGGUCGGCUAA